CCUUGUUGGUAGCAGCCCUGUAGGCCUAGGAUCAUCUAUAAAUAAGGAAAUUAUGUAAUGGAAAUACAGAGAAGAAAUAUCUAAUAUCUGUUAGUGUAGUUAGCAUAGUGUAGUUUAGCCUUUGUUCCUAACAAUUUGGUCCGACCUGCUGCCCAUGGUUGGUUGCCUCCCAUGGCUGCCUUUACCUUCCUCUUCCCCUGCCAGAACCCCUACACCUGACUCCAACCAUACCUGCUCACAACAGCCACCAGACCACCAUGGACCGCCUUAAAGAGGCUAUAGACCGCCUCACCUAGACUUUGCAGAUGACCGCCAAGCUUGACGUCAUCCUUGAUCGGUUAUCAGCUCUCACAACCACUCCAUUAUCUCCCAAAUCAACCCCGUUUCACUUCCACGUCGACAACAUAGCUCUGCAACCAGUGGAGACCAUGAAGUCACCACCAACAGAUGAAUCGCGAAGGUCACCUAAGGUUUCCGCAACAACAACAGCACCGAUGGCACAACAACGCACAGCAACCAUGACGACUCUGCCUCCCAUGGUUUUUUUCCACCUUCCCCCCUGGUGGCCACCACAAUCGUUACCGUGCUCACACCCAUUCAACGCUUACUAUGACCCUGCAGCUGUGCGCCAUUUAUCUAAUGGCUGGGUAGCUGAUGCAUGCCAACUAUUUGUUGAUAUAGGCUAGGUCGCAGUUGUGACAUCUGUGCGCACCUUGAAGUUAGAUGUCAAUGUGGUUAAUGCUUUGAUAACUCUGUAUGUGAAAUGUGGGGACGUCAACACUGCUAGGUUGGUGUUUGACAAAAUGCACCAACAUCAUCCUGCAUUUCAUGAUUCUGCAUUUCCCAAAAGGAAGUUGGAUAGGAGGUACAAUGUCGGGGACGGUUUUCACGUGAUAGCGGUGCACACCGAAAGCCCCUACCUCAAACUGAAGCCCAAAACGGCAUCGUGCAAGUGUAAUUAUUCCAUGGUGAAUGUGCAGACUUAUGGAGCUGGCUUGUGGUACACUUGGUUCGAUAGGGAUUUGAGUGUUGCUGGAAGGGUCAUUCUCAGAACUGGCCAUAAUUCUUAUGUGCAUAAGCUUCUCAAAGUCGAUAGACCCAUUUUGCGCAUUCCCACACUGGCCAUUCAUCUCGACCACUCAGGGAACCAGGAUGGUUUUAAACCGAAUCUAGAGACUCAUCUUCUUCCUUUACUCUCAAUGAAACCUGAGGACACUUCUUUGGAAUUCAACUCCAGGGAGAAGAAUAAUGCCUUGUCAUCCAAACCUCAUCAUCAUCGGCUGCUUAUGCAAGUAUUGUCAGAUAAGUUGAAUUGUGAUGUUGAUGACAUAGUGAAUAUUGAACUGAAUGUUUGUGUUAUUCAACCUAGCUGCCUUGGAGGUGGAAACAAUGAAUUUAUUUUUUCUGGAAGAUUAGCUAAUCUGGCUUCAAGUUAUUGUGCAUUAAGGGCACUUAUUGACUCAUGUGAAUCUCCUGGUGACUUAGCAAGUGAAAAUGCAAUUCGAAUGGUUGCUUUAUUUGACAAUACCGAGGUGGGUUCGGGUUCUGUUCAAGGAGCCGGAGCGCCCACCAUGUUUCAGGCCAUGAGACGUAUAGUUGGUGACUUCGCAAAUAACUAUGUUGGUGAAGGCUCUUUUGCAUGCACUAUUCGCCAAUCCUUUCUUGUGUCUGCAGAUAUGGCCCAUGGAGUUCAUCCUAAUUUUAUAGAUAAGCAUGUUGGGGACAUUCCUUCUGUUUACAGGUGGGAAAUGACCAAUAGGGUUGUUCAUGCUGCUGCUAGAGGAGGAAAUCUGAAGAUUUUGGAGGAGCUUCUUCCAUUUGAAGCUCUAGUCUCAGCAUUUCCCUCACUGAUAUCUCUGAGAAACAACUCUGGAGAAACUUUCCUCCACAAGGCUGUAUCUGGUUUUAAUUCUUAUGCAUUCAGAAGAUUGGACAAACGGGUUGAACUUUUGAGAAACAUGUUGAGUGGGAAGAACUUUCAUGUGGCGAACAUUAUCAAUGUCAAGAACAAUGAGGGCGAAUUACUCUUCACAUGGCCAUCAUUGGCAACAUUCACACUGCCUCAUCAAUAAAGUUGAAUAUAUGUGAUGUUGAUGGCAUGACCCCACUAAAUUACCUUAAGCAACACCCCACAUCUGCAUCAUCAGAUAUACUAAUCAAAGAGUUGAUCUCAGCUGGGGGAAUGUUUGGAUGUGCAGUUCUCUACAUUGGCCAAGGAAGCUUUCAUCAUAGCAUGACAAAUAUAUUGCAGUAUGUGGUGCAUCAAGCUGAUUCUACUGUGGAUAAGCUUGGAAAUGUGUCAGAUUAUCUUGCUCAAGCUAAGCAGGUUGAAAUCAAUCGAGUUUUUCUCCCCACAAAUGUUCAAACUGAUAUCGAUCAGGCAGAAACAGAUAUCGAUAACUCUACUAGCACAAUUGUUGAUAAGACAAAGGAGAACUCAGCCAACAUACAUGAUCUCUUAGAUUCUGCGAGGCUGGCCCUUAUCAUAAUAGUUGCUGUUAUGCUAGUCUUGACACUUCUUGGUUUUUUAUUCUCAAUUUUUGGCAUCCAGCUCCUUGUGUAUAUCUUGGUAAUAGCAGGAUAGGUUCUUGUCACUGGCACCCUUAUAUUAUGUGGCUUGUUCCUUGUUCUCCAUUAUGUGACAGCAGACAGUUGUGUAGCUGUGAAUGAAUGGAUCCAGCAUCCGAUUGCACAUACAGCUAUGGAUGCUAUUCUGCCUUGUGUGGACAAUUCCACUGCACAAGAAACAUUGUCACGAAGCAAAGAAGUAACUUCUGAACUAGUCAAUUUGGUCAACCAGGAUAUCACCAAUGUCUCCAACUCAAAUUUGGCCCCCAAUCUCACUCUAACCUUGAGGGAAACUUACAACCUUGAGGGCAAGGUUGAUUUUCCAGCGGUGGGUAAUGAUAGCAACACUGUUAUGGAUGAAGUGUAGAACAAACAGCAUGGGCACCAGCUGCAGAGUAUUCCACCACUUGUCCACUAAUUCUGUUAU